GACGAGUGCAGUUCCGGUUCUGCGCGGUGGGGGUCAGCUGACAGAUGUUCGCUGCCUCAGUGAAAUAAAAACACCUGCGCGAUCAUCAGAGAUCAGCAGCAGCAGCGGCGCGAUGAGUGCUGGCACCCCGCGAUCCCUGGCCUCGUCCGGGCAGAAGAACAUCCAGGACAUCCGCCACCCGCUGUGCGCCGCCGAGGAGAGCGCGUCGAGCCGCGGCGCAGAUGCGCUGAUCCACCCCGGCAGCGGUGGUGCUCCUGCUGGAGGAGGAGAGAAGGACCUGAGCCUGCCCAAUGGGACUCCAGUAGACACAUCAAGCCCCGCCUCCUCCUCAUCUCUGCUGAACCGACUGCAGCUCGACGACGAUCUGGACGGAGAAACGCGAGACCUGUUUGUGACUGUAGACGAUCCUAAGAAACACGUGUCUACGAUGGAGACAUACAUCACCUACAGAGUCUGCACAAAGACCACCAGGACAGAGUUUGACCUGCCUGAGUACUCGGUAAGGCGACGCUACCAGGACUUCGACUGGCUGAGGAACAAACUAGAGGAAAGCCAACCCACCCACCUUAUUCCACCCUUGCCUGAGAAGUUUGUAAUGAAGGGAGUGGUGGACCGUUUUUCAGAGGAGUUUGUGGAUACCAGAAAAAAGGCACUAGACAAGUUCCUCAAGCGCGUAGCAGACCAUCCGGUGCUCUCCUUCAACGAACACUUCAAUGCAUUUCUCUCAGCAAAGGACUUGAAUAAGCGUCAAGGCCUGGCUCUGCUGACUAAAAUGGGGGAAUCUGUGAAGUAUGUGACGGGUGGUUAUAAACUGAGAGGGCGGCCAAUUGAGUUUUCCGCCAUGGGCGACUAUCUGGACAUGUUCACACAGAAGCUGGGCACCAUUGACAGGAUAGCACAGAGAAUCAUCAAAGAGCAAUCAGAGUUCUUGAUGGAGUUGAGAGAGUACGGGCCUGUGUACUCGUCCUGGUCGUCGCUCGAGGAAGAGCUGCAUGAUCCUCUGGAGGGGGUGUCGGGGUGCGUGUCGAACUGCUCCAGCGCUCUGGACGAACUCACAGAGGACAUGAGUGAGGAGUUUCUCCCAGUGCUUAGAGAAUACGUCCUAUACAUCGAAUCUAUGAAGAAUGUGCUUAAAAAGAGAGAUCAAGUCCAGGCAGAAUACGAAACAAAGUUGGAGGCAGUCGUGUUCAGGGAGGACAAAAAGACACCGGUGCCUACUGACGUGGAGAAGUGCCAGGACCGCGUGGAGUGCUUCAACGCCGACCUGAAGGCAGACUGGGACCGCUGGCAGAACAACAAGCGGCAGGACUUCAGACAGCUGCUCACAGGCAUGGCCGACAAGAACAUCCAGUACUACGAGAAGUGCCUUGCAGCAUGGGAGUCCCUUAUUCCCUCGUUACAGGACAAGCAGGAGGCGAGAGGCGAAACGAACUGAGCAUGUGUUUCGGCCCCCGGUGAGGGUCAGAGGUCAGAGGUCACGACCCACUCAAAGGGUUUCACAGGACACUACUGGACUGGAGCAGCUACCAGAAUCACAUUUUUUUUUGUAAAGUGUCUCUGUUUGUGAAAACCCACCCAACCAUCUCUCUCUCUCUCUCUCUCUCUCUCUCUCUCUCUCUCUCUCUC